CUCUCUUUGGCCUGGGUAGUACGUUGCUUGGUCGUGCAGUAGGGUGCACGAUGAAGGCUCCCAAUAUCUACAGAGCAGUCAUUGCCGCAGCAGCACUCAGUAGUAGCAGGUUCGAUGGCACUGCUGCAGACGCUGAGGACACACAGGAAGAAGAGCGAUCAGCAGAUGCAGCAGUAGAAUCAGCAGAGGCCGUGGGGCUACGAUGUCCGGUAGCAGUGCCGUGCAAGCUGGAGAUGGGAACAGCGUUCGGCGAUCCUUGGCUGAAAGCGGAGGACGGCGAAAUCGGCUACUUUGAGGUGGCCGGCACUCCACAAGUGCAGCCCUCGGAAGUGAUCAUUACGCUGGCCUACGGCGACGUCGAGACGUACGCGAGCAGUUCGGGGCGGGAGCCGACGCCCAGCGAGUCCGACUGGAGCGGGGGAAGGGUCCUCCGCCUCCCCGGUUGGUCCGUCCCUCACGAGGGGGACACCGUGGUGGUGAUGGUCAAGGCCACGGGUACCGCCGGCGCGCUGUACAGGGUUCUGGCGGCGAGCGACGAGGACGUGCUGCGGCUAGAGGACGGCAUGCCGGUGCAGAUGCUCCAGGACGCGUCCGAGAUGCGGUACUUCAGCAUUGCUGUUGCAGAUAAUGCAACGGACCUCUUGAUCUCCCUCGACCCCCAAUCUGGAGAUCCUGACAUGUACGUGUCGCCCGAAGAUCCUGACGGGUUAUCUCUGCCUUCCAAGCAGAACUUCACAUGGCAAGCACUCAGCUUCGGGAAGGACACGCUGCACAUGCAGGCUGAAUCCUUGUCCGAGUACUGCACUCCCGGGACGGAGGACAACGAAAUUUGCACCUACUGCAUCGGAGUUGAAGCAAGGACGAACUGCAGCUAUACCAUCAAGGCUUCUCUUAGCAGCGGGUGGAGACAUCCGCAACAGCUGCUGCUCGGGAAUCAUCCGCAGUCCUCUUUCCUCGAGGAGGGCAACUUCGAUUACUACGCCCUGCUCAUCACGCCAGCGCCCGAGGAGAAUCCCUGGGAGAGCAUUGUCGUGACGACGACACCUACGGAUGGAGGGCAGCAGGACCUGUACGCCACCGCUAACCGGUCUCGCGAGCCCGGGCCGGAAGACUACGACGUGAAAAGCAGCAACUGGGUCGGCUCGUCGACGCUGGUGUUUUCGGAAACGGCACCCGGCUUCUGCACCGACUGCACCAUCUACGUGGGCGUUUACGGCUACAAGAAGGGUGGCUACUCUAUCGUAGCGAGCCAGGGGCUGACUAGGCUGCAGGAGGGGUUCCCACAGCAGGGGCUCGUGGGAGGGGAGGACGAUUGGAAGUAUUACGAGUUCUUCAACCCCCCAGGGCAUGGCAAGUCCAUACAGGUGGUGGCAACGGCCCUAACCGGAGAUCCCGACAUCUACGUCACCGUAGGGGGCAGCGAUCUCCCGGGGCCGAACAACUUCUACUGGAUGGGGGGCGCCACGGGAGCCGAUUUCAUCGACAUCUCUGCGAGCGACCAGCACUUCUGCGACGACUGCGCCUACCAGAUAGGCUUGACCUCCGCCGCCAACGCCUCCUACACCGUCUCAGUGUACCGCGGCGAUGAGGGAACGACGCUGCUUGUCCACGGGCGUCCCCAGGCGGGCAAGGUCGCGGCCAACGGCAUGCGCUACUACCUCCUGAGGCCCGAGAGCGAUACGACCAAGCUGACGGUCACGCUCACCAAGUCCAUCGGGGAGGGAGACCUGUACGUGGUCCGGAGGCCUGCGGGCGGGGAGGGCGAGGACACUGCCGUCAUCGACCCGCAUGACCGCGCAACUUACAGAUGGACGUCGAGAGGUCAAGCCCAGGACACCAUAGUCCUUGACGGUGAUGGAGGCACCGCGGAUCCCUAUCUUAUCGGAGUUUCCGGGGUGACCGAUGUUACGUUUUCGGUGGUCGGCACCUUCUCGCAGGGCGUCUCUAUCCUGCAAGAGGGAGUUCCACAGAGGCAUACCCUCGAGGCAGGGAGUUCAAUGGCGUUCGGGUUCCUCGUAGACCAGGACAAUGUGGACCUGCAGCUGACCGUCACUCCCAUCCGUGGGGACCCCGCCCUGUACGCCGGCAUGGGCGCCACGCCGAGUUGCGCCGCGCCUGAGGAAAGCGGGGAGAGCGGGGAUGCCGAGGGGGGGGGCGAGGACGCUGGCGUCUGCUCCGGCUGGACCUGGUCAUGUACGAGAGGGAGGCGCCGCAAUAUCCCUAUCUCCCACUUACACCCGUGCAACGUACUUGAAGAGCGACAACAGGGCGAUUCAACCGAAGAUGGCGAUGGUGGCAACGACGCAAUCGACGACGCCGACGAAGUCGACAACGGGGAGGGAGUGCCGACCUCUGGCGUCGAGGUCUCAGACAAGUGUGCACCGUCCAGCUUCGGUGUGGGCAUGAUGUUCAUGACUGUCGUGGCCCAGGGAGGCAUGGACGCGAGCUUUUCUGUCAUGGCCUCCCUUGUCGGGAAGCAUGUGACCCUGGUGACGGGCGUGCCCCAGCACGCCGUAACGUCUCCCAUGGUGCCCUGCGGGGAGGCGAAGCAGACGGAACAGGGCCCGUGCUCGGCGGAGUACGAGACGUCGAGCGUGAUGCAGGAGGCCCUGUUCGUCUUCAAGGUGGGGGCGGGUUCGGUAGCGGCCACGACCGGGUUCUCAUUGAGCCUCGUACCGGAAUGCGCCCCGGGCUCGUGCGGCGGGCCAACCUGCGCCUCCGGCUGCCCCAGGAGGCCGGCGAAGGUGUACGUUAAGUCUUGUCCUGAGGACAAAUGCCUCCCCGAAGACAGGUUCCCUAGCCAGGGGAGCCGCGACAAAGAGUUCGAGGUGUCCUCGGCCGACGGGUCGGUUUUCAUUGCGGACGGACGGGGCUCCGCUGGUGACGGAGUGUUUUGCGUCCCCUCCAAGCACGGGGCCUGCGUGUACUACAUCGCCGUGACUGCGGGGGGAGAGGACGAGCCGGCGAUGCAGCUAACAGCCACCGCCGAUGUUCCCACGGGGAUUUCCUUGGUGGUUCCGUGUAUCGGAGACUCGAGUCUCCCGGACGGUAUGAUCGUGACCCCCGCCAACCGCGUGCCACUGUCGGGUAUGAAGCUGUACGAGCUCUGCUCCAAGGGAGAGGUGGACUUUCAGGUGUCCGUCGAGUCUUGUAGGGGCGAAGUGGAGCUCUUCGUAUGCGACGACACGUGUCCAGGCCUCUACCCCUCCAAGAAGCCCGGCGAACGCAUGGUGUAUACAUACAUGUCCGAUGGCGAGAUGAUCUGCACGGAACACCAGCAGGAUACGCACUGCCAGCCUCUACCCGGUAGUGAUCGCAACAAAGAGGCCUCCGUCACGGUGGAGGCGGGGGAUCCGGCGGAAGGGACGACGUCGACGCGGUCGUCGACGUACUUUGUGGGCGUGGGCAUGCGUCCGGGGCAAAGGGCAGAGGACCAGGAGCACCUCCUGAGGGUUAACGUCAUGGGAGAGGAGGGGGUGCCAAUAUCUCCGUCCCUGUCUGCGAAGUUCCUGCCGUCUGGGUCGGACGCGUCGCGUGCCGUGGUCGGCGGGAGAGAGGCUACGGUGGAGUGGGGAGGAGCAACCCUGCACAUGCCCAAGUUGAGCGGACGUCACCCAUAUGAGGCGGAGGACCGCGACUGCGGAAUAUACUGUUCGUACGAGGUGUACGCCGUGCCGACAAGACUGAAAGGCGAGUUUCCUCACACGGCUUGCGGGCUGGAGUCCCUCAGCAACCGCUUGAAGGUGGAUGUCGUGUACAAGUUCGUCGGAAACGCCAAGAAUCCCGGGGAGGUGACGCAGACGACGCUGCAAGGCCUGCGUGACGAGGUGCACUACGUUUUCGUGGUGGCCACUUGCGACUUUGUGUGCCUCGAGGCCCUGCUGCGCAUGCAGUGCAGCCGGUCGCUUGGUUCGGCCCAUUCUCCCUGCAAGCCUCAGAACGUCGUGUUCCCUGCGGCACACCUCGUGGCAUCAAAGUCGGAUCUCACCCCCACCACCACAGGGGACACCGGCAGCGGUGGCGGUAGCAGCAGCGGCUCGGAAACCACGCAGUCUCCGGUGUUCUUGAUGGUAGCGCUGCUUGCCGUCGUCGGCGGGGUCUUGUAUGCGCUCAACCGCCAACCCGCCGGCGGUAGCAGCACUAGCUACGCACCGGCACAGAGCGGUGGUAUCAGGUGGCUAGGCGGCUGGGGCGCGAGUAGUGGGGGUGGGCGUGCGGCGGGGUUCGAGCUCACCGAUCUGCAAAGACCGGGUCGAGGGGACGACGGCCUUGGAGAAUUCUUGGUCGGGGAUGGGAGGGGAAGGGGUGACGCGGAAUCGGGCCCGGCGUACGCCAGCCUCCUGCCCGGAUAGAGCCGGUGAAGCUAGGGGAGGGGUGAGCGUUGAAGGAGUUUCGUUUGUCUCUCCUCCCCUCUGUGUUUGCGUCCACCCUCCGGCGAUCGGUGUGUCUGAAGCGGCAGCGAUCUCGAAAGCAGGGUGCACGUGUGUAUAGUUAACCCCACCCUCUCAUUUUGGUCUCUGCUGCGGAGGGGUGUGCGGCCUUUGUCGAUAUGUGUCGGAGCUGUGUCCCUUUGUCCGUCCUCCUCGGGGACGGUGCUGUACUCCAACGAUUGGGAACCGCGCCCCUAACCGCCUCGCUUCCCGUGAAGACGUUUCGGUAUAACCCCUGAAGGGGACUUUGAAUAGUGUAGUGCACGCUUAGGAAUAUUCAUGUUGUACAUGGAUAUUCAUGUUGUACAUGGAUGGACGGAGGAGAUUUAGAAACGAACACGGAUCGUGCGGCCGGCCUAGAAAAUUCGCUUAUGGCUGAUACGCGGUGCACCGCAAGGCUUGUUCGCUUUCUUCUCGUAUGUACGAGCUCGAGCUGGGAUGCUGAACUCCGAGUCCCGGCAGGCGACAGCGGAAGCCGCCUACUCCGUCUGCAGGCGGUGCUCUGUGGAGCACUGCAUCAUGUCCUGUUCUUGAACAGGCACGCCCGGCCUGUCGGUCCACUUUACCCAACCCCCUCGCGGAGAAGGCUUCAAAGAACGAACGCACUGAGAAACGCGUACCGCCAUGGUACCCAAACGUCUUGAAUUGGAUAUUGCGGUUGGACCUAUCCACCGCCAGGAAAGUUUUGGCCUUGUGUCCAGCGAGGGGCGCUCCUGAAAACGAUCCCUGGGGGAAGAUAUUACAAGGGUCAUGCUGUCGCUAGAAGAAGAGCGAUGUUGCGGUUGAUGCAUGCGGCGGUUGCGGGAAUUGUAUUCUGGGAAAGAUGGCUAAGUUUGUUGUCGGUAAACGCAAAAGUGUCGUUUAUUGUGGAUGGAAUUUCGUUUAUUGUGUGUAAAACUAACAUGUCAAAAUUCAUCGUUGUUGGAAACCGGUGUCACGAAGAAUAAAUCUCGCGUACCCCCUUCUAGACACUUGUGGAGGAGAGCACGUGGUAUGUCGUAGUCGUAGGUCGUUGCGCUGGUGAGCUCGAGAGGAAACUACGGGAGUACGUGACCACGCCGAAGAAUGGAGGCCCUAGCCAACAUAGGUGGCCACAAUGUAUAUUUUCCGGCCCACACAUACCUUUUCUUUCGAAGGUGGGGAUACGGAAAAAGUACGGAAAAAGUC